AUGAGGCGGCGGGGGGAGCGGGCACCCAAGGAGAAGGCGGCGGCGGCCGCGGAGGAGGAGAUGAAGAGUGCGGAGAGGAAGGCCGAGCAGGGUGCAGAGGAGUACCAGUGCACCGGUCUCCUGGAGCAGGACCUUCCCGAGCUCUGUGCCCGGGCUGGCAUCGCCGGCGUCCCCAAAGUCACCGGCCGGCCGGCCCCAAGCUUCCCUGCGGAUGAGGAGCCGGCUGAGCCGACGCUGCCGGAGCCCUGCAUCCAGGUGGAAAGGGAGCACGAGGACCCCCGGAGCGUCCGUGCCGUCUUCCUGCGAGGCUGGAAGAUGGAGGAGGCCAUGCUGGGGGUCCUGAGCCAGUGCCUGCCCGCCCUGGCCGGCCUGCAGGCAGUGCACCUCUGGAAGGUCGGGCUGACGGAGCGGCUGCUCCCGGCGCUGGCGGCGCUGCUGGCACGCUGCCCCCACCUCCGGACGCUCAGCCUGGAGGGGAACCCCUUGCCCGAGCCCGCCUUCCACACGCUGAUGGGGAACGCCAGCACGCUGGCCCACCUCUCGCUGCGCAACAACAGCAUCGGGGACGCGGCCGCCCGGCUCAUCGGGCAGAGCCUUUCCACCCCGAGCUCCUCCAGCCGCAGCCUGGUCUCGCUCGUCCUCAGCUUCAACCGCAUCUCGGACCUGGGAGCCGGCUACAUCGCCAAGCACCCAUCCUGUCCCUCGGCCCUCCAGGGCUUGCGCUUGAACCGCUCCCUGCUCUCCCUGUCCCUGGCUAACAACGACAUCGGUGACGCGGGGGCCAUCAGGCUCGCCGAGAUCCUGGGGCCGUUCGCGCUGACGCACGCCGAAGUGGUGGAGCGGAGGCGGCUGCUCUUGGCAGAGACACUGGGACAGUCCCGCACGACCCCAAAAGAGAUGGAGGGCCAGAGCGAGCAUCCUUCCAGCCUGCGCGGCGGCGCGGCCCCCGACAAGCUGCCCCCGGCCAAGCACGGCAAAACCCCGGCCAAGAAGAAGGCGCCGGAUCCGGCCGAGCCACCGCAGCCGCUGCUGGAGGAGGCCAGGCAGCACCAGGGCAGCGUCAUCCUGCCGGGGAACCGGGCGCUCCUCAACCUCAACCUGACCCACAACCACAUCACCGAGCGGGGCCUUGGCGCGUUCCUGGCAGCGCUGGAGGGGCAGCGGCAGGAGAAGAAGCCAAAGGUGCCGGGGCAGCAGGGGCUGCUGCGCCUCUCCCUGGAGAAGAACUGCAUCCCUCCCACCAGCCUGGCUUUCGCGCGGCUCCAGGAGCUGCUGUCGCCGCAGGAUCCCCUCCCCAAAGCCCAGAGCCAAGAGGAGGAGCAGGAAUUGGGUGCCUAG